AUGAAGUUGUACAUCAAAACCUUCAUCACCCUCUUCUUCCUCCUGGUUCUGGGAGUUUUCUUCAACUUCUCCCAAGCGGAAGCGGAAGUACUCAACAACCGGCCCAUCUUUGGCGUACUGACGCAGGAGCAACAUGAUAACAAACAUCAGUACGUCGCCUCCAGCUACAUCAAAUGGCUGGAGAUGGCCGGCGCCCGAGUGGUCCCAAUCUUCGUCAAACGACCCCACGCCUACUACACUCAUCUUCUUGAUCAAUUAAACGGAGUCCUGCUGCCCGGAGGCGGAACUCCUCUUGUACACUCUCAUUACGCCCACGCGGCGAGCUUCAUUUUGGACAGGGCAAUCGCCAAGGCCAAAUCGGGAGUUCAUUUUCCCGUCUGGGCGAGCUGUCUCGGCUUUGAAAAGCUGAUCACCUACUUCACCGGCGACAAAGACGUCAAAUGGGAGUCCCAUUGUUUCGUCGAAAACAUUUCCCUGCCACUGAACUUCUCCACGACGCCCUCUUCAACUGUGCUGCUAAAAGAGGCAGGAGAUCACGUGGUGAACUUGCUGAAGACAAAGAAUGUCACUGCAAAUUAUCACCAAAUUUGCCUAUCGGUGGAGACCUUUCAGAAGACCACUAAUCUAACUGACCAACUUCGACUGGUGUCCACAAACUCCUUUGGAGGCGUGAACUUUGUCUCUACAGUGGAGCACAAAAAGUAUCCCAUUUUUUCCACCCAGUGGCACCCGGAGAAGAAUCAGUUUGAGUGGGUGUUGAGUAAAACCAUUGGGUCUAUCAACCACGAUGCGGAUGCCAUUCAAAUUG